AUGCCCUUCAAAAGCAAGCGAGAUCUUGCGAAAAGCAACCUCACCUUUUUCUUUCGGAGAAAGUCGUUCAAUUUUACACAAAACCAUUUCACGCGUAAGGAUGACAAAGAAUUGCAUGGAUCAUUCAUGAUAUUUACCUAUGGGAGUCCGCUGAAGAGUCCCUGCUCUUAUGGAUUCAUAACUCCAAACCAAGACAUUCAAGAAUGGUGGAUGAAUGGGAUCAAGGAGGCGAUUUCAUAUUCAAGAAAUCAGCCAAGUCCUCCACUUUUUCAAAAGCUUCGUCAAAUUGUUCACAUCUGGUACUUGAGUGACAAAUUCCAGCUCACUGUUGCGUUCGUCAUUUUCCUGAACUUCAUCUCGCAAGCGAUCGAAACGCAGCUACAACCUUCUACUGGAGGCGGCAUCAGUUCUAUGUUCAAUACUCUUGAAAUGAUUUUUGUGGGAUUCUUCUGCUUUGAGCUUGUGGUGAACAUGUUCUCCACCCUCUGGAUUCCUUUCUUCAUGAGUGGAUGGAACUGGUUUGAUAUGUUAGUGAUUGGUACUUCGUUGUGGUCAAUUUUUGGCGAUGGCGGGGGAGGAACUGCAGUUUUGAGGUUGCUGAGAGCUGGUCGUGUGAUAAGAUUCUUCAAUCGUCUCCCUUCGUUAAGAAAGAUCAUAGUCGCGCUGUAUGAGUCCAUUCCUGCCAUGCUCAACGCGAUGCUCCUCACCGCUACAGUGAUUGCGAUGUAUGGAAUCAUGGGAGUUUCCUUCUUCUCAGAUCGGAGUCCUGAAUUGUUUGGUUCGUUUAGUACUGCAAUGUUCACCUUGUUUCAGGCAAGCACAUUUGAUGGAUGGUCUGACAUUGUCAGAACUUUGUAUCAAGAACAAGAUGGAUACGUUUCACAAGCCAGCAUAACCAUCUACUUCAUUUCUUUCAUGCUUAUCGUCGCUUUGAUUCUUUUCCAGGUCGUCAUCGCUGUGCUUUUGGAAGAAUUCUCCAAAGUGUCUGAUGCGCCCUCCGAAGAAAAGCUCGAUGCAUUGUUCAGCCUGAGAACGAAUCCGUUUGAAGCCUUUUAUGAGGCCCUCGGGCUCUGUCGGGACGACCAUGAAUAUGAGAAGAAAGCGGACAUGAUCUUUGAGCUAGUUGCAGGAACGCAGGGUCACUCAGCAGAUGCUCGUCUGGAUUUCGAGACGCUGAAGAAUGGUCUGCAAGCUCUCAAGGUUCAUCCGCCUGCAAUCAUAUCCAGACAAGACUGGCAAAAGUUUGUGGAGAGAGCAUCGUUGUGCGACUCGCAUGGCACAAUCGGUAGGAAUGAGUUCAAAUCGGUGCUGAAAUCUGCACUGCAAGCACAUCAAAUUGAAAGGCUGUUGAAGAUCAUGGAUGCAGCAACCGGACAGUGGAACAGCGAGAAUAUGAGAGAGGUCGUGUUUGCACUAAAAUCAAUCAUGCUAAGGUUCGAUGAUUCUUCUGUUUCUCCUUCUGCUGUGAGUACCAUCAAAUCAAAGCCGAGAAAAGAAAAUGGAUCCAACACCCCUGCCAAUGCUGGUGAUGGAGACAAUUACGACAGCGGCCAUCUCAUCAACAACGUCUUUUUCGAAGUUUCGACGAAGGACAGGAGCCAAGGCCUCGAGUCGACGAAUCCACAUGAAAAGGAUGACGAUGACGCUUAUACGACAUCCAAGAUUGAUCAAAUCGAAUCGGAUCUUGCAAAUCUCAAGGACAGCGUCGAGUGGGUUCAUCCAAGGAAAUUCUCUACAACCAAUGCUCAUCAUCGGCUUGCUGGCAAUGACCAUGAAUCCGAAAUCUCUGAACAAAUGUCACAUCGGAGUGAAACACCUGUGCUCUCAAAGAAGCUUCCAGGCUCUCACAAACAAGAAUUUUCCAAGCGAAACGGUCCUGAUGCUUCGAGUGCAAAGAGGGCAGAAACGCAGCGACUUGAACGGGUUGCGCAGGAUGUACAAGUCUCUCCUCGUGUACUGUCAUAUCGCGAAGCUGGCGACGGAAAUGUCAACACGUAA